AUGGAUGGUAGAAGUACAUGUGUAUCGAUUGGAAAAUUUCCAUUUGACUAUACUGAAGAGCAGGUGUUGGAGAUAGCGAGAUCUGUGGGCCCAGUUCUUGACAUAAAGUUAUUAUUUGAUGAGUUGACAGGAAAAUCAAAAGGGUACGCAAUUGUAAAUUAUGGAGAUGUUGAGACGGCAGGGUCUGCUGUACGAAACUUGAACUAUACAUCACUACCUAAUGGGAGAUUUUUGAAAUGCGCCAUUGUGAGUGAUUAUGAAUUAAUUGGAGACGAGGACUCUGCUUCCAAGUUGCCGCCAUUACCAUUGGGUAUUCAAAUACAUCCAAAUCAAAAUGCAUCACAGGUAAUAUCCAGCAUACUUUCAAACAUAGAUUCUAACUCAGCUCUACAGAUUUUGAAUGAAAUGAAAACCAUGAGUCAAGAGAAUCCUAAAGGUACCAAACUCCUACUUGAGAGGUUCCCGCAGUUGGCGUUGGCGAUGGUUGAAUUGGGGUUAUUGACAAAUACCACCAAUCACGAGCUAAUAGAGUUGACCUUGAACAAGAAACCAAUUGAGUUGAAAAAUUUAUCGACUGAUCAUGUCAACCUACUACAGUCGGUUUACAACUUGCUGGACGAUCAAAUUAGUGAGUUAGACGAAGGUCAACAGGAUAUCGUGAAGCGCGUUAAAGUUGAAAUAGAAAAGGGAUCUUAUGGUGAUAUUCUAAACACCAGUGACAACCAUAAUUGA